UGCCUGGCUAAUAGACCGGAUCCGGAUGAACCCUAGCUAAUAAUCGGCCGCUCCAUGGAACUCGCUCGCGCAUUCCAUGCACACAUACAGGAACUGCAGGACAGGCCACGCUAUAAAUUGAGGUGCGGCCUCUUCUCAGCUUCCGCCAAGACAGCAACGCCCCAACCACCACUGCUGGCCAGCGUAGCAGCUGCUGCACACAAGAGCAAAGCUAGCUAGUAUAUGGGAGGGAGGUCGUUCUUCUGCAUCUUCAGCUUCUCACGCAAGUCCAGGCGCUACUCCGUCGACGACGAGGAGGCGGGCGACGCCGCCUGGGAGGUCCCGGGGAGGCUGCGCAAGGUGCGCUCCAGCGACGAGGACAACGGCUGGUGGGUCGGCGAGCGCGACGUUGACCAGAAGGCCUCCGACUUCAUCGCCACCUUCCACCGCCAGAGGCGCCUCGUCGUCUAGACCGUACCGGCCAGCAGACGCGCCUGCUGCCGCCGCCGCCGCCGCAUAUGUAUACAUAUAUACAUGCAUGCGUGCCGGCAUUAAUGCAUCGUCGUUUCGACGCCCAGGUUUAUCGUCGUCUGCAAAGACUAGCUAUAGCUAUAUAUAGGUCAACAACUGCUGGUCUUCCAGCAUAUAUAUACACAUAUAUCACGUGUGUACUUAAUCAUAUAUAAAUGCUCGACUGAGCACGAAUAAUGUAAUGUAGCCAUACAUAUAGGUGCAGUGUGUGUAUUGUGUAAGAGAUCUGGGCAAGCAUGCAUGUGUGUAAUUAAAUGAUAAUAAUAAGAUGAUGAUGCUAGUAUAUAUGUUAUAUA